UCUGGCUGCUGCAGCAGCAGCUCUGGUGCUUCUGUGAGUUACAGAGUCAGUGAGUGUGUUUGUGAUUGUAUGGGAGAGGGUGAGUGUGUGUAUAGGUGUGUGUGUGUGUGUGUGUUGCAGAUUGAGUGGGAUUUACACACAGUAAGCAUGGCCAGGCGGCACUAAGAAGAAAGACUCUUUCUUUCUUUCUUUCUUUCUCUCUCUCUCUCUCUCUCUCUCUCUGUUUCUCUGGGUGGCUUGUCAGAUUUGCUGGACUGGGAUUCACCUGUUGGGACUGUAGUUGGAGUGUAUGACUGACUGCACUGAGUAUUGCUGGACUGAACUGUGUGGAGUGGAUAUACACUGACCAUGUGGACUACAGUGCUGUAACACACACGUUGGUGAUGUCUGGGCGUGAUCAGUUUGAAGGCGGUAUGUUUGAGGAUGAGUCUGACCAGGACAGUGCAGUGGGCAGUGCUGCAGGCUCAGAGCUGUCGGACGGAGGAAGAGGAGGAGAGAAAGAGGAAGGACUCUACUUAUCUGGAGACAAGGUUGUAGAGUUGAGUAUGAAUCCCUCAGUGAUCUCAGACCUCUCGGCUCGCUCGUCUGCCUCUCUGAAUGAGGAGCAGUUUGAAGGCGAGGGAGAGGAUGGGGAGUAUAACUCCAUCAGCCCAGAGGACGACCCACGCACAAACGGAUACUCAGACCUGGGUUCCUCUGUACCUUCCAGUGCGGUCCAGACUCCACGGAAGGUACAGCAGGUGAAUGAGGAUCAGACGGAGCUUUUCUGCUCACAUUGCUGCAAAAAAUUUACUCAGCUAAAUGAGCUCGAGAACCGGCUGAGGAACAUAAAAACACACAGCCCCAACAGGAAAAUCACUAGCACAGCUUUUGGCAGGCAGCUCCUCCACCACAGUAAUCUCAGCAGCAGUAACGGCAGUACUGAGGAUCUGUUCAGAGACAGCAUCGACUCCUCUGACACGGACAUCUCUGAGAAGGUAAGUCAGCUGGAGAAGAAGCUGUGUGAGCUGGAGAACGAGUGUUUAACCAACGGAGAUGUGAAAUCCAAACUCAAGCAGGAGAACACACAACUAGUCCACAGGGUCAAUGAGCUGGAGGAGCUGCUGAAGGAGCAGGAGGCUCGUUCGGAGCUGAUGAUGGAGGCAGAGUUCCGGAGGCACCGAGAGGCAUUCAACAAGCUGGAGAGAGACAAAAACACACAGAUAGAGCUGCUCACCAACCGAGUCCAGCAGCUGGAAGCGGAGAAUGCAGAGAUGCUGCUAAAUGUCAACAGGCUGAAAUCACAGACAGAGAAGCUGGAUGAGGAGAAGCAGCGUAUGACUGAUAAGCUGGAGGACACCAGUCUACGCCUGAAGGAUGAGAUGGACUUGUACAGGAAGAUGAUGGACAAGCUGAGACAGAACCGGAACGACUACCAGAGAGAGAAGGAAGCCAUGCAGGAGGUGAUAGAGGACCUGAGGCGAGAACUGGAGCACCUGCAGGUGUUUAAACUGGAGUCAGAGCGCAUGGGACGGGGCCGCAGUUCAUCAAUCAGCCUAUCAGAAAUUAGCACGCGCACACGAGAAAGCGAACUGGAACAGGAGGUCAAGAGGCUCAAACAGCGUUGUGUUUCACAGGAAGUUCCCCCUGACCUCCACCAGCGAGUGUGUGUUAGCACAAGACUCUGUCGCAGUCUGGUGGAGAAUCAAAAGCUGAGGGAACAGAAUGAAGAGUUGAAUGGUCAGAUUCUCAGUCUGAGUCUGCACGAAGCUAAGAGCCUAUUCGCCACCCAGACUAAAGCACAGUCCCUCGCUGCAGAAAUCGAGAACGCUUCCCGAGACCAGUUAAUGGAGGCUUUAAAGGAGCAAGAGGAAAUAAACUUGCGGCUCAGGCAAUACAUGGAUAAGAUUAUAUUAUCGAUCCUGGACCACAACCCGUCCAUCCUAGAAAUCAAAACCUAGCAGCUAGCAACAGAAUUACAGUAGCAGAAGCUAAAGCUGAAAAUACUGUACACACAGCCCCCAUGCUGGCUUGGAGGUGGACGUUGCGGGUCGAACUGGGCAGCGCUUUUCCAAAUGGAUCUGAACUUCAUGCUGUGAAAUAGACUUCGUUUUUUCUUCACUUCGGGACACACUGGAAUCUUUCAUGCACUUUUUCCAUUUCUAGGACAUACUGGUCACUGCUGCUCUGUACAACCGUGGGAAUCACACUGGAAGGGCAUUAUGGGAUUGUGUGCUUUAACACUGGAUGUGGCCCAGACAGUACAGCCUCGCUAUAAUGUGCAGUGGGUAAUUUUUUUACAGUUAAAACAAUACUCAAAAACCAACAGAAACACUGAUUGUGUUGAUCACAUCUGCCCAGUGACGAGUUGUGUUGAAACAGUAAGUCGAUCAGAGGGAAUAUUAUGUAAGCUGUAUGCGUCCUUUCUUUGAAGGUGUAAGGAAAGUCCAAGAAAGAGAGAAUAAAUAUUAAAGAGAAAGAAAAGGAAAGUGUGAGACAGAAAAUAAGUAUUGAGUAUAUUAUAAGAAAGGGCAGAUUAAAGCCACUGCAAAGUGUAGAACGCAGGAAGAUGGAAACGGCAGCAUCUGAAUGUUCACUAACUAUUCUGAAUGUGUGUGAGUAGUAGUGUUUGGGGAUAUUUCAUUAGCCUUCUUGUCUUCAUACACUAUCAUUCAAAGCAUUGUUUGUUUUUUAAAGGAGUACUUCAGAACAUUUUAUAAGUCUAAUCUCAAUUUAAAACAUCUAUCACAGGGUAACCCAGUUACCAUAACUGUAGUUUAAGCAUGUGUCCUUGCAACUUAGAAUGGGACAAAAAAUGUUAACUCAAAACUUGCUGAUAUUAGAAACUAAUGGGUAAUUGCUUUAACAAGUACAAAGAAUUGUAAGAAUAUUUUUAUUGUAGUAAUAUAUAAAAUAUAUAAUUAUAACCAUGAACUGCAGAUUUGGUUGAGUUUAAAAGGUGCUGAAGUAUUCCUUUUAUCCUUAAAAAGGUCUUGAAGAAAUAUAGAAAUCAUUUUUUGAAUCGUAAGCUGCUGUUCCAAAUUGCCUCACUGUAAUCAGGGGUUUUCAGAUUUUAUUUAAAAAAUAUUCCUAAAUAUUUCAUCUUUUUUAAUGAAUCAAGUUAGUUGGGUACAAAAAAAAUCAGUUAAUGUAAAUCAGCCUUUUUCAGGUGCUGUAAAAUUAAUUGUAGAUUGCUGCUGGGUCACUUAUUUUGUGGAAUUAUGGAAAAACAAUAUGCAGUUUAAUAUAAUAACUUUUGCACAGAUUUUCAGUUAUUUGUUUGUGUUGCUUACGUAGGGGAUCUUCCAUAUUUUAGCUAGUCUUUCAAUAAGUCAGUUGUUCACAAUCACUAAGCUUCAUUUACUUUCCUUGUUUUGCACCAUGAGCACAUUUAGUUUUAAGGGAUUUUCUCAAAUGUUUUCCUUUGAGUAUUUGUGCCUUUUCUGUUGCCUUUAGCACUGAUAGACUUACUGAUUGUUUAGUUGCACAUUGGCAAGCUGUUUAGCUUUAGCACACCUUUUAAAAUCACAAACAUUUCAGUGCAAGCUUUGUAAAUACUGUACAGGAUUAUUCACUUUUUCUAUACUAUGUGCCACUCACCACUUUUACAUUAAUUAUUUAGUCUUUUGUACACUUUCUGCCAUUUGAUAGGACUUUUUGGGUGUUUGUAUGGUUUAGACAUUUGCUCCAAUAGCUGGAGUUAAUGACAUUAAUGGCAUUAUCUACUAGCGUAGUGACAGAAGCUACAUGGUUAAGGCCUGAAUGUUAGCAAGCCAUUAGUCCGGAACUGCUGCAAUAAAAGCUGAGCCUGAGAUUUAGCUGUGCUGUUGGCAUUCUCACAAACAAAAUGUUUUAUUUUUGCUUCAUUUCGUUCAAUUGUAUUUAAUGUAAUCAUCCCAACUGAAGUAAACUAACAUGAGUGUUAAAAUCUUGUUAACACUAUAAGUAGGAUGGUAAGAUAGCUACGCUCUGAAAUGCUGCAGAAUUAGCAUUGAAAUAACUAACAUGCAGUCAGCUAUGUGUAAAACAUCAAACAUUAUAUUCAAGGCUGUAUAUUUGCAGUUCCAGACUAUGAAGACGUUUUUACGUAUUGCUAAUGCUAGUCUGACCAGGCAAUUGUGGCUUAUGAAGUCACCAGUCUAGUUCAGCCUCAUCACUACCCAAAGUCCUUUAACCGUCAUUUCUGAUUGUUUUGUUGUCUUUUCAUCUUCGACAAGGGAAACCUUUCUUACGUUUGUACAUUUUGUAUGAAUGUUGUAAUGGCAUUUCAUGUGCAGCAAUAUUUUAAAUGCAGUAGCAGUAGAUCCAUGAUUUUGCUCUGAUGAGAGCUUUGUUUAAUUUAUUAAUGUAACUUGGAGUAAUGUUACAUGAUUUUUUCUUUCUUUUGUACCUUUAUUUCAGUUUGUUAAACAGUUGGGAUAAACAGCACAAUCUCUGGAUAUAAAGGGCAGGAUUCCUAGACAGGGAUGAAGACAAGUUUUAGACUAUGUAUUUUCCUUUUAAAUGCAAAAUUUGCAGUUCAAGAUCUUCAAUUGAAAUGCUGUUUUGUCUAAGACUAGACCUACUCUCUGUCUAGGAAACUGCACCUGAGCAAUUGGGACAGACUUGUCUUUUGAACUUUUGAAAUAAAUUCUGAAGAAUUUCUUCUA